AUGCCGCAAUACAACCCAAUGCCUUCGCCAGGGCCGUAUGUCCCUCCAGGUCAGGGCACUCCAGCACAGCAGCAAGGCGCCCAGCAGCCACCAAGCUAUCAGCCCAAUGCAACAACUUAUGGAGGACCAAAUCAAUCUCAGAAAGGAGUUGCCGGAUUCGGCCAGAUGAUGAACCAGCGGCUAGAGCAGGCAGUCACGACAGGCAAGCCAAUGUUGAACAAGCUGGGCAAGACUAUAAGCUCAAAGCUAGGAAACAAGCCUCCAGGAGGCCCACCCCAGCAUCUCCAGAGUUACCAUAACUACCAGAGCCAUUACGGACAGCAGAACCAGACCCAAUCGUACCAGCAACCUCAGGGUCAAGCCUUUAGUCCCCAGUCGCAAUCGCAGCAAUGGGGCCAACAGCAGCAUCAACCCCCAUCUCAAACGCCGACCGCCUACCCCUCCUCGCAGCAGUCUCCACACCAGCAGUUCAGCAACCAGACGCCCGCGUCAGGUCACUCGGGACAGAACAAUUACUUCCCACAGCAGACAAGUCAAGCACCCAACUACCAAUCUUACGCGCCGCAGUCGCCGCUUGCUGGCACUACACAAACAGCAUGGCAAUAUGCUCAGGAGCAGACGCAGGCACAUGGACAAAGCGGACAGGGACAGGCUCCGCCAGGUCAGCCUCAGGCACAUGGGCACAGCCAAUAUGCUGGACAGCAGACGGGCGUAGCUGGAGGCUCGUUUGUCACUCAGCAUACACCACCUCCUACUUCGAGCAUGUCUCCGGCUUUACCUGCUCAGCACAUGCAGCCACAGUGGCAACAGCCGGGUAGCUCACACCUGCCCACAGCAAGUACCGAGCAGCAAUCGGGUAUUCUCCCGCCCCCUCCACAACAGAACGUUUCCGCGAGUCCACCGAUUCAUACAACGUAUCAGCACCAAUGGAAUAGUCCAUCUCCAGUUGGCUCACAAGGACAGGGACAGUCGCAGACACUGCCUCAUUCUAUCAGUCCUCCACCUACCCAUCAGACGAUUGCAUCACCUCAAGUGCCGCCAAACAAGCCUGUCCAGUCAAGCGAUGCAGCACCGCAUUCAACGCCAACAGAAUUCAUCGCAGAGCUUCCUGCAGAGCUCCCGGCAGAUGUUGGAAGCUUGAGUCUUGUAGAUUCGAAGCCGCAAGAGGCUGUUUCUGUUUCGCAAUACCAAGCCUUUCGCCCACCCGUGUCGCAGAGUGGAUCGCCCUCUCCUGGAUUUACAAUUCCUCGUCGAUCUCUUAGUGCCAGUACAGUACCAGUUGCCGACCCAUGGAGGUUUGUGGAUCCGGCAACAGAAGUUCCAACACGCGAAUUCUAUAUCCUGGCAGACUUGCUUUUCGAUGCUUUGGAUCGGAAGUUUGAGCCUAGAAACACGGGCCUCUUGGAAGCACCAAAGAUCAUCGGGAGCUGGGUAAAAUUAACAGAAGACGCGUGUCGUCUUUUUUCGUAUAGGUCUUACAGCGCGUUUGCAAAGUUGUGGAGUCUUGAAGGGAUCCCACACAUGAUGGUGCCCUGCCAACCCGACUUGGCACCAAAUUGGAACUUCAAUCAGCACACGCAUGCGCAAGACGUAAAAGUAAAAGGUCAAGUGCCGACAGCCACGACGGCCUACACGACGUACAUGCCAGCUUUGAAUCGGGCGGGAUGGUACAAGUUCUUCUUCCUUGAGAUGAUGCAUGCACCAGAAGACAUCGAUGAUCUAAUACCGGCACUAUGCGCAGAUACUUACAAGCCGGGGAUGCUGAACCAACCCGACCUGGACAAGCGGGACAAGACAGACGUCCCUGCACUACGGGCUAGAGCUGCGGAGAUACAGACGUAUGCGAUUGGGCGUGUUUGUGAAGAGACCAAAGUCGCGAUGGCGGUCGACCCCGAUGUGCCUCUGGCGCACACGCACCCGACUGCGACAGCUUCGGGAGACGGGCCAGCAGAAGACAUGGCCGACAUGGCUGUCCGUAUGCACAAGAUCCAGUCGGAGCGACAGCAAAUCGACAUGGCGGCUUGGACGAUGCUGGGGAUGCAGCCGAAGGGCUAUCCGGGCGGUGGUUAUGGUAGUCUAGUCCUGUUAUACCUUGUCAGGGAUCCUUGGAACUUCACGAUGCGCGCUUCCACCAUCAUCGCUCCGCUUUUCUUCGCGGCCACAGGCCUCGCCCAGGCUGUCGAGGAGGGCAUUGCGCCCGAUGCUCCUGCCCCCGAGGGCUGCCUGACUACCGUCGACACGCCCUUCCGGAUUGGCACACUGGAGAACCCCGACCUGAGUAAGCGCGAAACCGCUCAAGAGGCAUCAGAUGGCGAUCUCCUCUGCACCCUCGAAGACGGCAUCCUGCACGACCAAUACGGCCGCACAGGCUCCAUUGUCGCAAACCAACAAUUCCAGUUCGACGGCCCACCCCAAGCUGGUGCCAUCUACACAGGCGGCUUCUCAGUCUGUGGCAACGACUCGCUUGCCAUUGGUGGCAGCACACGCUGGUGGCGCUGCAUGAGCGGUGCCUUUGGCAACCUGUACGACCAGUCCAUCGGCGCCCAAUGCCACGAGAUCCGUAUCCAGGCCAUCUACGAUGAGUCCGCGUCGGCAAGCAGCAGUCGCAGCAGCAGCGAGGCCAUGGCAAGCAGCACCAUGAGCAGCGCCCUGUCUGGAUCCACCAGCAUCAUCUCCGCCAGCGAGACGAGCGGUCUGACGAGCGAAAGCAGGACCAUGACUGGAAGUGGCUUCUCGACUGCUACUCCCUUCUCCAACAGCGCGACUGCGACUGGCUCCGACAGUGCGGAUGCCACUUCUACCGGUGAUGCGGCUGCUCCUCCUGCUGAGGGCGCCGCUUCGUCCGUGUCCAUGGCUCCUUUUGCCAUGUUUGGCGCGUCCAUGGUCUUCCUCGGCGCUGCUUUGGUGCUUUAG